GCGCAACGCUCGUGGAUAAAGUCACCAUUCUAGAGACAAACUUUAUUCUUCUCUAUUUUAAUAGUGUUGAAAUGUGUUAGGAUGCCCUACAUUUACUUGACGUUUAUCUAGAUAGCAUUUCAUUCCAGAGUUGAGUUAUGGCUUUAUAAGCGAACAUCUGAUUGGAUUGUAAAAAAACACACAUUUCAGUCACAUGUAAUCCGAUUGGUUUAAAUGAUCAGGAAGUCCCUCGUACCCCUCCCGCAAUUGGUUAAAACCGAUGCCAACUUCAUGACGUCAUUCCAAAAAUUGUGUGCUUUCACUGACUGACACAAGAAUGCCCUUCCUCAUCUCCUUGGAUGCUCACGGCUAACAAAACGUCACAGUGGACCGCACCAUCAGGAGUGGAUGACAGACGGACAGACGGUUUGGAACAAGCCCUGAGCUGGCUCAUCCCGGUGGGCUGCGGUAGCUCUAUUUGAAGGCUUUGGAGACCUGUGGCUCUCUCAAGAUGUCCAUGAGACGGACAGAAGGGGUGUCCAUCGCCCAGGCUUUGGCCAUGACGGUUGCGGAGAUCCCAGUCUUCCUCUAUUCCACAUUUGGUCAGUCCAUAUUUUCCCAGCUGAAGCUGACGCCGAGCUUGAAGAAAGUGCUCUUCGCCACGGCGCUGGGCAGCGUAGCGUUGGCGCUCACGGCUCAUCAUCUGAAGCGGCGAGGGAGGAAAAGGAAGCAGGCCAUCCAGGCCAAGGAGGGGCAGAAGACGGUGGGAAUGCCCGAAGCACUGCUCCGGACAGGAAGACCCUCGUCGUUGAAGAGAGUUCCGUUGUCGGGGCGACAGAAUAUGAGUCCGAGCACACGCAGCAACGACACUCUGAGCGGCAUCUCCUCCCUGGCCCCCAGUAAACACUCGAGUUCCUCGCACAGCUUGGCAUCUAUGCGAGUUCCGACCUCCCCGAAUCAGUCGGCCAACCCGCCGACACCCUGGGAGGCCGAGGCUGUGGUUGAAGAGACGGGUGCAGCAGAGGACGCCAACGCAGAGAAUCUCUACUUAAUGGGCAUGGAGUUGUUUGAGGAAGCGCUCCGAAAGUGGGAACAGGCCCUGCUCAUACGCCACCGCACCAACUCCAGCAGCAACAGCAGCCUGGCUCUGCAGGGGGCGGCGAGCGGAGAUGCACCCACGGUUGAAGCCCACAAUAAAGUGCUUGCUGACAAGCUGGAGACUCUGCUGCACAGGGCGUACCACCUGCAGGAGGACUUUGGCGGCAGCAUCCCGACCGACAGCUUGCUGGCAGACUUUGAGAGCGUGGGGACGCUCAUACUGCCUCCAGUGGAGAGGUUCCACAUGCUGCAGGACGACGACACCGCCACCAUUUCCUCUGACCAGUCUUUCUUCUCGGCCGCCGAGAUGUUUGACACCUUCUCUCUGGAGGACUCCUACCAGCUCCUCAAACCAGCAGCUCUCUAUGAAGAAGCCUUGGCCCUGGUCAGGGAGGACAAAGUGGCCUACAGGUCUCUCAGGACUGAACUGCUUGAAUGUUACGGCAACCGAGACUUCCUGGCCAAGCUUCACUGUGUCAGACAAGCGUUCCAGGUGCUGCUGCUGGACGAGACUCACCGCACGUUCUUCAUGGAGACCGGCAAGCAAAUGAUUGCCGGCUUGAUGGUGAAGGCAAACAAGAGCCCUAAAGGCUUCCUGGAGAGCUACGAGGACAUGUUGCUGUACACGCAGCGAGAGGAAACGUGGCCCGUCACCAAGAUGGAGCUGCAUGGCCGUGGGGUGGUGUGUAUGAGCUUCUUUGACAUCGUGCUGGACUUCAUCCUGAUGGACGCCUUCGAAGACCUGGAGAACCCUCCCUCCUCGGUCGUGGCGGUGCUGAGGAACCGCUGGCUCUCGGACAGCUUUAAAGAGACUGCUCUGGCCACAGCUUGCUGGUCCGUCCUGAAGGCAAAAAGACGUCUUCUCAUGGUUCCUGAUGGCUUCAUCUCCCACUUCUACGCCAUAUCGGAGCACGUGAGCCCGGUUUUAGCUUUUGGCUUUUUAGGCCCCCGGCAGCACUUAAGCGAAGUGUGUACUAUUUUUAAGCAACAAAUCGUGCAGUACCUCAAGGACAUGUUCGACCACGACAAGGUCCGCUUCAACUCAGCGCAGUGCUUGGCCGAAGACAUCCUGAAACUUUCCCACCGCCGUAGUGACAUUUUGCUAGGCUACUUGGGCAUCGAUGGGCUCCAGGAGCUCAACGGCGCGCCGUCUGCCGACACGUUCGCAAGCCUCACUGACUGACAUCAACUCACGCUUUGUACCUCGCCAUUGUGAAGAAGGAGGAAGGAGCCGAGUUAUCAGCCGCAGCCAAUCAGUCAAUUCCCCCUGCAAUCACAUGAUCUCAGGCGCGAGGAGGAGCUCGCUAGGAAUGAACGACCACUUGCCUGUAGACUGCACCGCUGGAUUGGCAGCAGUUUUGCUUUGUCACUUUCACGUCAUCAGCCUGUGAUCUUGGAGAUAUCUUACAGGUGUGAAUGACAGUCUGCCUGUUUCUGUUGUGUACCGUAUUUUCCGGGCUAUAUUGAAGCCGAUCCCACCAAAUUUUAGAAGAAAUAAAUAUUUUCACAUAUAUUAACCGCAGC